CGCCCCGCUGAACGGAAGUUGGCUCUCCAAGAUGUCUGCGCCCGAAGAGCACGCGUUCGCUGAAGAAGAGGAGCAAGAAGAUAUGGACGAAGCGGGCAGCGACGAGGAGGAAGUGGACGAAGAAGACAUGCAGGAGGAAGGAGAGGCGGAGAAAAAGGUGUACGUCCCCGGGAUCGAGCCGCUUCAACCCGGGGAGAGGCUGGAGAUGGACCGCUCCGCGUACCGCAUGUACCACGAGUGUCAAACAGGUGCGCCUUGUUUGAGCUUUGACGUGCUGAAGGAUGGAGAUGGGGACGGCAGGCAGCAGUUCCCUCUGUCCAUGCUGCUGUGCGCCGGCACGCAGGCGGAUACAGCCCUGAAGAACAGACUUCUGGUGAUGCGCAUGCACAACCUCCACGAAACGGAGAAAGACAACGAGGAGGAGAAGGAGAGCAGCGACGAGGAGAGCGACGAAGAGGAGGAAGAUGAAGACAAGAAGCCUCAGCUGGAGCUCGCCAUGAUGCCUCACUAUGGCGGGAUCAACAGAGUUCGAGUGACCCAGUUCGGACAGCAUGCGCUGGCUGCUGUGUGGUCCGAGAAGGACCAGGUGGAAAUAUUCGACCUUCGACCUCAGCUGGAGGCCGUCCACAGUUCGGCUGCCAUGGCUGCUUUCGUCCAGCAGCAGAAGGAAGCUGCGGCUCUUUUCAGUUUCUCAGGACACAUGAGCGAAGGCUUCGCCAUAGACUGGUCCCCUAAAGUUCCUGGUCGUCUCGUCAGCGGCGACUGCAAAAAGAACAUCCACGUUUGGGAGCCGCGUGAGGGCGGGGCUUCUUGGAAGAUUGACCAGCGACCCUUCAGCUCCCACAGCAAGUCCGUGGAGGAUCUGCAGUGGUCGCCCACUGAAGCCACGGUUUUUGCAUCUUGCUCUGUGGAUCAGUCCAUCCGUAUCUGGGAUAUCCGUGCCCCGCCCAACUCGAUGCUCUCAGCCGAUGAGGCUCACUCGUCAGACGUCAACGUGAUCAGCUGGAACCGGAGCGAACCAUUCCUGCUGUCCGGGGGGGACGACGGGCUUCUGAAAGUGUGGGACCUGCGACAGUUUAAGACUGGACGUCCGGUGGCAAACUUCAAGCAGCACGGCGGUCCCAUCACAUCCGUGGAGUGGAGCCCCGCGGACUCCAGCGUGUUCGCUGCGUCCGGAGCCGACGACGUCAUCAGCCAGUGGGAUCUCUCCGUGGAGUCGUCCGACGUGGGUGCCAGGGUGGAGGGGGUGAAGGACCUGCCACCCCAGCUGCUGUUCCUGCACCAGGGUCAGUCGGAGAUCAAAGAAAUCCACUGGCACCCGCAAAUACCCGGCGCCAUGAUCUCCACGGCCCUGUCAGGGUUCAACGUGUUCAGGACUAUAUCUGUGUAGCG